GCAGGCUCUGCGUGAAGUACAGUAGCCGCAGAGGGCCAACUAUCGUAAACCAUGGCGGCCCACUUGAAGAAACGCGUUUAUGAAGAAUUUACUAAAGUGGUUCAGCUGCAGCCAAUUGAAGAUCUCUCCGCCAAGAAACUCCGCCUGACGAAACCCAGCAAGUCCGCCGCCCUCCACAUCGACCUGUGCAAGGCGACGUCGCCUGCGGACGCCCUGCAGUAUCUCCUGCAAUUUGCACGCAAACCCGUGGAGGCAGAGAGCGUGGAAGGCGUGGUCCGCAUCCUGCUGGAGCAUUACUACAAGGAAAAUGAGACAUCUGUAAGACUGAAGAUCGCGUCUCUGUUGGGCUUGUUGUGUAAGACGUCGGGGUUCUGUCCGGACUCUAUAGUGGAUGAUGUGAUUGGUACGCUCCAGAAUGAAAAGUCCCAUCAGGUUCUGGCUCAGCUGCUGGACACUUUGUUAGAGAUUGGGAUCAAGCUCGUGGACACUGCAGCCGUCCGGGCAAGACUGGUGGACGUGGCGUACAAGUAUCUCUCGGACACAUCUCACGGCGUCAGGAACAAGUGUCUGCAGCUUCUAGGCUGCCUCGGAGCUGUCGAUAAAACCCCUUCCAAAGAGACGGACGGGGCGGUCGCCAAAGACGUGCAGAAGAUUAUCGGUGAUUACUUCAAUGAUCAGGACCCCCGCGUCAGGACUGCUGCCAUAAAGGCCAUGUUGCAGCUGCACGAAAGAGGCCUGAAGCUGCAGCAAGUCAUGUACAGUCAGGCCUGUAAGCUGCUGACGGACGAUUACGAGCAAGUGCGCAGCGCGGCCGUAGAGCUGGUGUGGGUCCUAAGUCAGCUGUAUCCAGAGAGCAUCGUCCCUAUCCCAUCCUCCAACGAGGAGAUCCGCCUGGUGGAUGAAGCCUUUGGGAAGGUCUGCCACAUGGUCAGCGAUGGAUCUUGGAUGGUUAGAGUUCAGGCUUGCAAACUGCUGGGAUCCAUGCAGCAAGUCAGUCACCACUUUUUGGAGCAGACCUUGGAUAAGAAGCUCAUGUCUGACUUGAGGAGGAAAAGAACCGCCCAUGAACGUGCAAAAGAGCUGUACAGCUCCGGGGAGUUCUCCAGCGGCAGAAAGUGGGGAGAUGACGCCCCCCGGGAGGAACUGGAUACUGAAGCUGUGAACCUGAUCGAGUCCGGGGCUUGCGGAGCUUUUGUUCAUGGUCUGGAGGAUGAGAUGUAUGAGGUGAGGAUCGCUGCGGUGGAGUCCCUGUGCCUCUUGGCUCGCUCCUCUCGCCCAUUUGCAGAGAAGUGCUUAGAUUUCCUGGUGGACAUGUUCAAUGAUGAGAUAGAAGAGGUGCGGCUGCAGUCUAUACACACCAUGCGCAAGAUCUCCGACAACAUAACCCUGCGGGAGGACCAGCUGGACACCAUUCUGGCUGUGCUGGAGGACUCUUCCCGGGACAUCCGAGAGGCUUUACAUGAACUGCUCUGCUGUACAAACGUCUCCACAAAGGAAUGUAUCCAACUGGCCCUGGUGGAACUUCUGAAGAACCUCUCCAAGUACCCCACAGACCGGGAGUCCAUCUGGAAGUGUUUGAAGUUCCUGGGCAGCAGACAUCCCACCCUGGUCCUGUCCCUGGUACCGGAACUCCUGAGCACGCACCCCUUCUUCGAUACUCCAGAACCUGAUAUGGACGAUCCAGCAUAUAUUGCGGUUUUGGUUUUGAUCUUCAACGCAGCAAAGACCUGCCCCACCAUGCCAGCUUUGUUCUCCGGCCACACGUUCCGCCAUUACGCCUACCUGCGGGACAGCCUCUCACAUCUGGUCCCGGCUCUGAAGCUGCCCAGAGUGAAGUGGUCCUGGAUUCCAGAUCUGGAGCAUCAGUCGCCUAUCGAGGACCCUUCCCAGCAGUUUCUGCAGAACAGCCUGGAGAGAGUCCACAACCUGCAGAAUCUGGACAUUCAGGGGACGCAGGAGCUUCUGGACUUCACCAUCCGGGACCUGCAGAGAAUUGGGGAGCUGCAGUCGGAGCUGGCCGGCAUGGCGGAUUUCUCGGCAACCUACCUGCGCUGUCACUUGCUGCUGAUCAAGGCGUUGAAUGAGAGGUUGUGGAGUCUUGCGGCGCCCCUCUACGUGAAGCAGAACUCCCUGGCUGCCACGGCCGUCAAAAAGAUCUUGGAAGAAACCUACAAGAUGGAGUUCGUGUACAGCGGGCUGGAGAACCGACAAGUGGCCAUCAUUCAUCACAUGAGGUUACAGGCGAAUGCCCUCCAGCUCCUUGUAACUGCCCGCACCACCAAAGGGGAGGAGCCGCUCUUCAGCAUGUGCAAGCAGUUUCUGCAGGAGGUAGAUUUUUUCCAGAGGUGCUUCAUCUCGGAGCUCCCGCACAUGCAGGACAGUUUUGUGGACAAGCUGCUGGAUCUUAUGCCUCGACUGGUGAACUCCAAACCCCUAGAGAUGGUGAAGAUCCUGCAGACCUCCCUGCGGCAAAGCAGCUUCCUGCGGCUGACCCUUCCUGAGCAGAUUCACAGAGCCUCAGCACACAUUAUCGAGCCGGCCGCGGAGUCUGACAACCCGAUCCGCUUCACCUCCGGUUUAGUAGUCGCCCUGGAUGUUGACGCUACAUUGGAACACGUCCAGGAUCCGCAGAGCGCUGUGAAGGUCCAGGUCGUCUAUCCGGAUGGGCAGGUCCAGAUAAUUCACCCUAAACCAGCAGAUUUCCGGAACCCCGGCCCAGGACGACAUCGGCUCAUCACCCAGGUCUAUCUGUCUCACACGGCCUGGACGGAGCCCUGCCAGAUUGAGGUCAGCCUCCUGCUCGCCUACAGCUCCAACAGAAGCAACGUCUUCACCCACUCCUCCAAGACCGCCUGGGGGGAGAGCACGGACUCCCUGCCCCUCCCCGAGAGCAACAUCGAGGGGACGCUGCCUUUCAGCAAACCCGUCAAAGUCUUCCUGAUGCCCAAACCUGCAAGGCGGUGACACCCCCCCAAAAGGUGUGCCCCAACUGCUAGUGGGGGCUCUGGCACUGAGAUCAGACCAAUGGCAGGGGUGACAUGAACCUGGCGGGAACCCCUACAGCCUCCUUGGAGGGGGGGGGGGGUCUCUUGACCUGGACCCGCAACAUGAGAACAGCUGACCAGUCUUUAUAGCUGGUGGAAAGCCAACGUAACGUCUCCACAGAAUCAUGGCUGGAGUGCUGGAUUAUCAGACGUUCUGGAUUAUAGGAUGCCGGUAUAAAGGAUCACCCCGGCAGGUUUAUGUGGACAUAGAAUGACUCAUCGUGUUCCCGUCAUGAG